UGGUCCUCCGCCUCUUCCUCGGAAAACGGAACUGAGGUAACAGUGUUUUAUUUAUUUAUUUGUUUUCGUCUCUCUGCGAGCCGUUUGUCCUCCAUGACACUUUUGGAAGUGAACUUCAGCGAACUAUCCCAAAACCUUUUCCUUUAAAACUAUCGGAAAACUCUGUCCAAGUUUUCUCGGGAAGCCGCCACGUACGACGACGACGACGCGCACGUCGUGGAGCGCGAGGCAAGCGCGGACAGAGAUGUAGUGUGUGUGGCCCAUCAUGCACCUCUUCUUGCUGCUCAUCCUUCACGCCGCAGCAACCGUCGCACAAGUCGACCCAGCACACUGUCGCUAUGCUCUGGGCAUGGAGGAUGGGCGGAUCAAGGAUGAUGACAUCACAGCAUCUAGUAAAUGGCACGAGACCACGGGACCACAGUAUGCCAGGUUGAACCGCGAGGAGGGCGACGGCGCCUGGUGUCCUGAAGGUCAACUAGAAGCCUCCGACUCGCAGUUCCUGCAGGUGGACUUGCGCCAUCUGACCUUCCUGACAGUGGUGGCCACUCAGGGACGCUACGCACGCAAUGGCAUUGAAUUUGCGCGAGCAUAUAGCUUAAACUACAGCAGGGACGGAGUGAUAUGGAAGUCAUGGAAGAACCGGCUAGGAAGCACGGUAAUGGAGGGCAACAAGAAUGCAUACGCACCUGUCAUCAACGAUCUUCACCCUCCGGUUGUGACUCGAUGGGUCCGCUUGAUUCCUCUCACUGAGCUGUCCACUGUCUGCAUGCGGGUGGAGCUGUACGGCUGCCCCUGGGAAGAUGGUCUGAUCUCGUACACUGCACCCGAGGGACAGUUGAUGACGCAACCAGGGUUUCCCACCGCCAUCCUCAACGACUCCACAUACGACGGCGCCCACCAGAAGAGAAAGUUUUCCGGUGGUCUGGGCCAGCUAACAGACGGCGUAAUAGGGCUGGAUGACUUCUUGUUGACGCGUCAGUACCACGCAUGGCCAGGGUAUGACUACCUGGGCUGGAGGAAUAUUUCGAUGGGUACAGACCACACCGUGGAGAUGGAUUUUAUCUUUGACCGACAGAGGAACUUCACUUCCAUGAAGGUUCACAGUAACAACAUGUUUUCCCGCGGCGUGAAGAUCUUCUCAUCGGUGUCGUGCUGGUUCAAGCCCCGCCCCUCAUCCCUGUGGGAGGCAGAACCUGUCGUGUUCCACACGGUUCUAGAUGACCGUAACCCGAGCGCUCGCUACGUGACCGUGCCACUGGAGCGCCGUGCUGCCACUGCGCUGCGAUGCCGCUUCGCCUUUGCAGACACCUGGAUGAUGUUCAGCGAGGUCUCCUUCCAGUCAGAAGACGCGUCAAUGUCUGUGACUCCACCGUCCGUUGGCGAGUCCAGCACAGCUUCGCCCGUAUCAGCCGCGGUCCCGUCUGCCAGCGCGGCGCCCGAGAGCAGCAACGCGCCCAUUCUGAUUGGCUGCCUGGUAACCAUCAUCUUGCUGCUGGUCAUCAUCAUCUUUCUCAUCCUGUGGUGUCAAUAUGUCUGUAAAGUUCUGGAGAAGGCUCCCCGAAGGAUCCUGGGCGAGGAGGUGACGGUGCGAUUGUCGUCCUGCAGCGACACCAUCAUCCUGCAGACCCCCCCUGUGCCACCUCGUUCUGGACAGUCCCCAGGAAGCCUGGUCCAGUCGGACCCCCACUAUGAGCGAGUUUUCCUUUUGGACCCCCAGUACCAGAACCCUGAGACAUUCCGGAACAAACUGCCCGAACUAUCGCAGAGCGCCGAAGCCUCAGGGUGCGGCGGCGGCUACGCCGAGCCCGACGUGACGCAGUGCACGCCGCACCAGUGUUUCCAUAGCAACGCGCCGCACUACGCCGAGACGGACAUCGUGCGCCUUCAGGGCGUGACGGGCAGCAACAUGUACGCCGUGCCCGCCCUCACUGUCGACUCACUGACGCGCAAGGACAUCUCCGCCUCGGAGUUCCCGCGCCAGCAGCUGCUCUUCCGCGAGAAGCUUGGCGAGGGACAAUUUGGCGAGGUGCACCUGUGCGAGGCCCAGGGGCUGGCCGCCUUCCUUGGGGAGAACGAGGAGGAGGAGGACGGAGGCGGAGCCAGAGGGGACCGAAAUGGCUGCGGCACAUUGGUGGCAGUCAAGCAGCUACGGGCAGACGCCACCAGCCAGGCCAGGAACGAUUUUCUGAAAGAGAUCAAGAUCAUGUCGCGGCUGAACGAUGCCAACAUCAUUCGACUGCUGUGCGUGUGCGUGACGUCCGACCCGCUGUGCAUGGUGACGGAGUACAUGGAGAACGGCGACCUCAACAUGUUCCUGUCGCAGCGCGAGAUGGAGAGCACGCUCACGCACGCCAACAACAUACCCUCCGUCAGCCUGGCGGACCUGCUGCACAUGUCGGUGCAGAUCUCGUCGGGCAUGAGGUACCUGGCCUCCUUGAACUUUGUGCAUCGGGACCUGGCCACCAGGAACUGCCUGCUGGACCGCCGCCUCACCAUCAAGAUUGCCGAUUUCGGAAUGAGCCGAAACCUCUACAGCAGUGACUACUACCGCAUCCAAGGCCGCGCCGUGCUGCCCAUACGCUGGAUGGCCUGGGAGAGCAUCCUGCUGGGCAAGUUCACAACCUCCAGCGAUGUGUGGGCAUUCGGGGUGACCUUGUGGGAGAUCUUCACGCUGUGCAAAGAGCAACCUUACAGCCUGCUGACUGACCAACAGGUCAUAGCCAACACUGGAGAGUUCUUCAGGAACCAGGGCAGACAGGUGUUCCUGUAUGCUCCUCCACUCUGCCCCCCCUCCCUCUUUGAGCUGAUGAUGCGUUGCUGGAGGCGGAACAUCCCGGACAGACCCUCCUUUGAGGGGCUCUACCAGGCCCUCAGGCCCCACGUCAACCAGUGACCAGGACCGGGACACCGAGGAUCCCAGGACCCCACGACCUGGCUCAGGUCAACAGGAGAUAAAUGGAAGUCUGGGAGAAACAUUUCAUUCAUUCGUUUAUUUUCUGAGCCACUUAUCCUCACAAGGAUCGUGGUGGUGCUGGAGCCUAUCCCAGCUAUCAUCGGCCAGGAAACGGAGCACACUCUGAACUGGUUGCCAGCCAAUUGCCGACAGACAACAGUCUCACCCAGAAUCACACCUAAGGCUAAUUUAGAGUCCCCAAUUAAUGCAUGUUUUUGGGGAUGUGGGAGGAAACCGGAAAGCCCGGAGAAAAGCUAUGCAGGCACAGGGAGAACAUGCAAACUCCACACAGGGAGGGCUGGGAUUUGAACCCCAAUCCUCAGAACUGUUGAGGUCAAAGGUCUGACCAGUUCCUGCACCAUGCUGCCAGAAAUAUUUCAAACUUUACCCAUUUUAUUUAAAAAAAAUGUCUUUAAAAAAAUCUUUUUAGCUUUUUACCCUCACCUUUUUGGCCUUCAAAAACUAUUUUCUCAAUCCUGUGGUCCUUCUUCUCAUAGAGAUAGCACUGCGUUGCGUGUGUGUUAAAUGCGUGGGAGCGUGUGUGUUUGUAUACGCUUCCUGUCCAUUACAAAUACUUCCUGUUUGUGUUCAAAGCACACUGGAGCUCAGAGGAUGGUCAAAGUUUAAGUUUUAUUUUAUUUUAUUGUGUCACUUUGUUGUUGUGUCAUCAUUGUUUAACAAACACCCACUUACAAGCAACACAUUCCACUUUGUAUGUUCUGAGCGUGCCAAAUGAAUACAACUAUGAAUGUUUACAAAUCUGAUCAUUUCAACUUUAUGGACAAAAAAACAAAUAUUGUCUUAUUUGUGUCAGAAAUGCACAAUAAUGCAGAAACUGUUACGCUAACUUAUUCAUUAGGUGGCAAAAAACGCACAUGCAAACUCAGACUAGCUACCAGCUUACAGCCAGUUGGUUAGCAAAGACAAAUUAAACGUUAAUUUUUUGUUCUUUUGACUCAAUUUCCUAGUGCAAAGAUGAGCUGUGAGUAGAGCCUAGCUUGUUGGCCACAACAAAUUCAAUGUGAUGCUAACUUUUUGAUUCAAUUGUUUUUAUUUUGAACAAAUUUUCACUAACACACACACUAGCUGAGGCUAGCGGCCAGCUGUACAGCUGGCUUGUCAGUAGCUAGUUUCAGAUUUAGCUUCCUCGCAAUGCAAAUUCUUUUGGCUCAAUUUUCCUAGCAUACAUUGAAUCGCAGGCUUGCUACUGGCUAGUUUCACUGCUAGCUUGUUAGCAUUUACAAAUUCAUUGUGACACUUAUCAGUUCUCCUUUCAAGUUAAUUUUUGAUGUUAUACCAUUGCUCAUUCGAGUAACUUGUUCUCCGUGUAAAAUUUAACGUGAUGCUAACCCGUUCUGACUUUGACUCUUAGUACAUGUGCUGGUUCAAUGUAGUGGCUAGCUUCACAGCUGGUGUGUUAGCGAUGAUCAUUUUUUUUGGACUUGAUUUCCUAGUGCACAUGGUAGCGUAGGCUAGUAGUUAUCUUAAUUGCUACGUUGUUUGCAAUGACAAAUUCAAAGUGGUGCUUCUUUUGUGUGUCGAAUUUUGACUUUUUCUAUUUGGUUUUGUUAACCUUUUGCUAACUAGCUUGAUGAUGUUAGCAUUCACACGCCCAGAUAUUUCAAAAACAGAGUCGUAAGCAAAAGUAAAUGCCCCCUUUAAGCUAAAAGUGUCGUCUACUGGAGUUUUUACACACAAAAAGAAAAAAGAACUUGGUAGCACCAGCAUUAGUGGCUAAACAGUUGCUAGCUCACUACAUCAAUAUUACGUUUUUGUGACCUGUUUGCGUACUUUUUCUGGUCAAACAUUUAGUUAGCAUAUAAAACAUAACACUAAUCCUUACGUUAAAAAUACCAUGAUUUUUGUCAGCUUUUCUUUUUUUUAUGUUAAUACUUUUGUGUUAUUUUGUGUUGAUUUUUUUUUUCUUUUUUUUUUUUUUUUUUCCCAACCAUAGUUCUGGGAUGCCGCGGUUCAUGAGAGCUAGACUGCACGCUUUGCCAAACGCCACAUGCUAUGCUAAAUGCUCCGUGGUAAAUGUCCAGAAGCAAGGAAACCACUAAAGUCAAGUCCAUCUCCCAGAAUGCUUUUCUUCAGUGAGCGUCUAGCUGAGAAAUGGGUGACUCCCAAUCAAACCUACAUAGAUUUUUUUUUUGUUUGUUUGUUCAUAUCAUUUAGAUUAUUUGCAGCCUUGCGUUAUUUGAUCCACAUUUUUUUGUACAUAGAACAUCUUGAAUAUGUCACCACAAGAUUUGUAAUAUGCCAUCCUGGUUUUGAAUAAAAGAGUGACACCACC